AUGUGGAGGGAACCCACUGUCUCUGAACUGCUGACUAUGCGACAGCAUGCAAAGAACCAGAAACAACAGACCCCAACACAACAGUAUCCUCCAGAACCACCUUCAUCUCCUCUUUUGUCCAUACCAGACGACACACCCACCACACAUACCACACCUACAAACACAUAUCACAACUCCUCCUCUUCAGAUUCUGACACCAAUAACACACAUAUACUCUACUCCCACAAUUACAAGAUGACCAAAUCUGCGAGAGUGGAACAGGCUGCUCCCAGCAAACUGCCAAAACUAUUGGUGGGCAAGCUGAUGCCUGAGGUAGCUCAUGACUGGGACAAUGCCUGCACAACAUACUUCAUGCACAAAACAAUUGCAGCUACAGACCAAGUCAAAAUGGUAGCAUUUGGCAUAUUGGACGCACACCUACAUAUCUGGUACCUUGCAUAA